CAAGGCAACUGUUGCCGCCGCAAAACACUCAGUGAAUGCACAGGCAUGUCACAGUUAAUCUCUAACUAGUGCCGCUGCACUAAUUUGCUGUACUUAAAUUUAGGGUAUGAUUUACCAGAAAUCAUAAUGUGCUAGUUUAAGAAAACUAUUUAAUUGUUCAGGUUUUUUAACACGUUGAGAAUUUUCAUUCUACAAAAAGUUCUCUGGUGGAUGAACUGAAGGAACAGCUUGAACUACAAAAUGAGACUACCAGCUAUCUCCAUAGCUUCCACCCCAGUGUGUAUUCCUCAAGACACACUUCCUGUCCGGCAGAGUCGCUGUCUGGUGGUCACCCAAACUACAUUUCCCAGCAUCUCAAACUCUGCCCGGCUCUGGGCAAGCAGUCAGAGUAUCCCAAGACUGAACCCUUUACAUCCACCUUUGGUUCAUAAACGCAUCGUCAGCCUGGAGACACCAGCUGUUCACCACCACAACCACCAGAGGACACUGAUAAUGCAGAGGAGAGAGCACCAGAGGUAUCAUCAAGUGUGGAGAAAACCUUUUUAUGGAUCCAGCAGUGAGAGAGACGAGUACAGGAAGGAGUUGUUAGAGCAUUUAAAGAGGCAAAUGGAGGAGAAAGGCAUAUCACUGAAGCUACAUGUGGCCAGUAAAGUGAAGGAAGCCGAGAAUCUACGGGAAGUGGACCGCCUCGCACUGUCCGGUGAAAGAGAGCUAAGGAUCCAGCACAGCAAAGCAAUGACAGCCUACAGAGAUGAGAACAAGAGGCUAAUGGAGCAGAGCUGGAGGGACAGAGCACUAACACGCUCCCAGGAGACCCUAAAGGAGAGAGAGAUGCUCUGCCUCAACCCCAUUAACUGGAAUGGAACACUGAAAUAGGUCAAACUUCAACAUCCAGAGUCAAAACUUCAGGCUGGCCUCGCAGCAGUGUUUGGGCAUGCAUGAGAUUCAGAUGAAACUGGGAUGCAACAUAUAUUGUACAUGCAAUUAGAGCUGUGGUAUAGCUAUAAAAGGGCCUUAGGGUUUUUCUAAACAAAGGAGAACCAAAUGAAAAUCUUAAGCAUUAUUUGAAUGUAUAAGAAUGAUGAUUUGUCUCUUAUUUUAUUAAUGUUGUGAUAUUGCUGUUGGUUCCGAUAAAGUAAAAGGCAGUAAAAAGACUUAUGAGCACUUGUGCAUUGAGUUCCAUUAUCAGAAUCAAAACUGAUAAUGCCUACAAUACCCACAAUGCAAUCCAACCACUAACACGCUUACUAGACGAUAUGGAUUCAACAGCCCUAGUCAAACAGCUCCAUCUGGAGUCACCAAAUAUUUCAAACUGCUUUUUUUCCCACACACUGUUUAUGGAGUAUUUCUUCCCAAAACCUGCUAAAAGACUGAUUGUAAAAUAGGUGGAGUUCCCCUUUACAGGUUUCUCUCAGCAAAUGACUUCCUGCAUGUGCUAUAAUUUAGAAUGCCACAUG